AAACAGUUUCAAAAACUUUGAAUAAAUCUAAACCCUGGAGCAAGACACUAAAUCCUGAAGAGCUGCAUUCCAGUGAAAUCGGAAUAGUGUAAAACACACACAACUCCUCCUCCACCUCCACCUCCACCUCCACCUCCUCCUGUUGUUCGCUUGUCACGCAACCAAAAGCUAAAGCCAACAAACAAACGCACCUGUUCACCUGAGAGCUACUAAAACACAGCCUGAGAGACGGAGGGUUCAGCUGUCAUUGUUUUAAAGAGUCACAGCACCACAAUGUCCAGAGAUGAGCCUGGAAGAAGGAGAGGCAGUUCACGCUCUAUAGAACUAGUUACUACCUUCACAGGAUCUAAUGAGUCGGGAAGAAUGCCCCUAAGCCCGGGGUCUCCGAGCGCCCAGUCCCAGACCAGUGACAGCUCUUCUGUCUUUUAUUCUGAUGCUGAGGAAUCCGGCAGCACCACAAUGUCCAGAGAUGAGCCUGGAAGAAGGAGAGGCAGUUCACGCUCUAUAGAACUAGUUACUACCUUCACAGGAUCUAAUGAGUCGGGAAGCACCACAAUGUCCAGAGAUGAGCCUGGAAGAAGGAGAGGCAGUUCACGCUCUAUAGAACUAGUUACUACCUUCACAGGAUCUAAUGAGUCGGGAAGCACCACAAUGUCCAGAAAUCAGCAUGAAGCAACAAGCAGAAGUAACACCGGGGCCAGUCCAUGUGUCACGGAUGCAGAUGUUAAAUAUAAUGAUUUAGAAAGCUUGCCGUUCUACAGGUCCGGGUCUGUGAGGUCCACCUUGUCCUCUAAGAGCAUUAGUUCUUUAUGUUCAGUGCCUGAAAUACUGGAUGAUGACAUCAGAAUGUUCCUCAGGCCGGAGUCUCCGGGCGCCCAGUCCCAACCGAGUGAGAGCUCUUCUGUUAGCAGAGACUCAGGGAUCUCUCACUCAACAGACUUCAGCCGCUUAUCCAUCUGUAGGGCAGAGGACCUCAGCGAAGAGCCUCCUCAGUCCGCCGGACUGGAUGAUGUGGCCUGUGACUUUUGCACAGAAAAGAAAAAUAAAGCCUGGAAGUCGUGUUUGAUUUGCCUUCGUUCGUUCUGCGAAAGACAUGUGAGGGAUCACUACAGAUACAAAGAGCUGGAAGAACACCAGCUCGUGGAAGCGGCCGCAGAUCUGAAUGUAUAUAAUAAGUUGGCUGAGCUGAAGCAAAACAUCAGGAACCUGAGUGAAGAGAACCGAGCGCUGAGAGAGAAACUAAACUCCUUGGAACAAAGCAGCAGCACACCGAGACUUCCUGCUUAUAUCUGUAAAGGAAAAAUCCCCACAGCAGCCAACGUAGUUUUGGAUCCUGAGACGGCUCACCGCUCACUCAUCCUCUCCCCCAACGGUAAACAAGUGAGAAUGGGCCAAAAAAAUAAAGUCAAGCCUGGGCCUCAAAGGUUCGACAGGUGGGAGUGUGUUCUCGCUAAAAACGGCUUCAGCUCAGGACGACAUUACUGGCAGGUGGAGGUGAAUAAAGAGUUCACGAUCGGCGUGACGAAGAGUUCGGCACAGAGGAAUAGUCGUUUCACCUUCGCUCCCCUUCAGGGUUACUGGUGCAUCUUCCACUUCUGGCUCUCCUUCUCGGCCCUGGAAGAUCCCGUGGUGCGACUUCCCAUGAGCUCUGUGCCCCAAGUGUUAGGCGUGUGUGUGGACGUGGACGAAAAGUGGGUGACGUUUUACAACGCCGUGACCAAAGAGAAAAUCUACACCUUCAAAAACAUGAAGCUGGCACCUGGAGAUGAGGUCUACCCCAUCUUCCGCACAGUGGAGAAAAGCAUGGACCUUCAGAUUAACACUGUGGUCUGAACACAGAUGGAAAGCUUCAUCCUGCUGUAAGUAGCUGUAGUUAAUUUGAGGUCCUGUAGUGAGCACUCACGUUGAGAAACAUCUGCUUAGGUUUUAUUAAAAUGAAACACUUGCUCUUCAUUAUAAGAUUAUAAACACUCAAAUUUUAAAUGCUUUCAUUGGGUUAUACAUCUACCAUGAGGUGGUGGAGACAAGAUUUCCUUCAGGUUGUCCUUUUGUUCAUUCCACUGAGAUCAUCACGAGCAGCAGAAGAACUGAUUCCACUGUGGAAUCGAUCCAGACAGGCUGAAGGUCACAGCAAGGGCAGAUGUUGAACUGUGAUCAUGUGAUAUUUUCCUUAUGACUAGUAGUGAAGGAGUUUCUGCCUGAACUUGUGAUGAGCUUUUUUUCAGCUGGUGAAAUGGAUAUUUAGUUCCUCUUUUUUUCUAAUUCAAUGUAGAUAGUGUUUGGUUUUUAUAUUAACUGAGCAAGAUGUUGGUGCACUCACACUUUUACUGAACUGGUCUCUCUGGUAGCUCCACCCCUGGGAGCUGAGCUCUUCUGACACUGUGCUAUGUGGGAUGGGUCUGUAGAGGGUUCCACAGAGCUUCUGUCAUGACCCUGUGAUCCUGGUGGGUGUGAGAGACAGGAGCAGGUUCUCCAGGAGGAACAGAGUUACGACGUGAAAUGAUGAAGAAUUUCUGAAUAGUUUUAGAAACACUGCCAUAGAGCCAAACAAACACGACUCACUGUUAGUCCUGUGUCCUGUCACUUUCCUUUAAAUCUGAGCUAAUAAAUGUUUUAAAGAGAGAAGCAGCAGAUAUCUGCAGUGACCACAAGAUGUUACUGACUAAUGUUUGAAUCUGUAGGUGACUAGAAAUUAUUAUUAUUAGUAUUAUUACAUCAUCUCAGAGUUCCAUUUUAAGAAACUCUCCAUAAGUGUGUGUGCUGCUAAUUUAACACGGGGAAACACAAUAAACACAGUAAUAAACACAAAAACACACACUUUAUUCACAAUUUUUAGAUCAGUGAGUUCGGCUGUUUGAGCAAUUUCUCUCAUGUAAACUUUGUUGGACCUUUAAUAUCUAUUUCA